UCAGUUCUUUUGCUCCGGUGUACGCUACGCUAUCCGGUUGUUAGCUGCCGCUGGCAGCCGUGUGCGUGUGUGUGGUUGGACAGUUCGUCGUAGUCGGCCGUCGCAUACACUACUCGGCGAGUGGUCUCUCAAGUGAACAACAUGGGGAUAAAAUUCUUAGAAGUUAUCAAACCAUUUUGUGGAAUCCUCCCCGAAGUCGCAAAGCCAGAACGAAAAAUUCAGUUUCGAGAAAAGGUGCUAUGGACUGCGAUCACCCUAUUCAUCUUCCUCGUUUGUUGCCAGAUCCCACUUUUUGGGAUUAUGUCUUCAGACUCUGCAGACCCUUUCUACUGGAUGCGAGUCAUUCUUGCCUCAAACCGAGGCACCCUCAUGGAGCUGGGCAUCUCGCCCAUCGUCACAUCAGGUCUCAUCAUGCAGCUUCUUGCGGGCGCGAAGAUCAUUGAGGUUGGGGACACACCAAAAGACAGGGCACUCUUCAACGGAGCACAGAAGCUGUUCGGUAUGGUGAUCACAAUCGGCCAGGCAAUCGUGUACGUCAUGACGGGCAUGUACGGUGACCCUGCCGACAUCGGCGCUGGCGUCUGCUUCCUCAUCAUCAUCCAGUUGUUUGUGGCGGGUCUCAUCGUGCUCUUGUUGGACGAGCUGCUACAGAAGGGCUAUGGAUUGGGCUCCGGUAUUUCCCUCUUCAUUGCCACCAACAUCUGUGAGACCAUCGUCUGGAAGGCCUUCAGUCCGGCAACUGUCAACACUGGCCGAGGCACUGAAUUUGAGGGUGCCAUCAUCGCGCUCUUCCACCUGCUGGCCACCCGGUCGGACAAGGUGCGCGCCCUGCGAGAGGCCUUCUACCGUGCCAACCUGCCGAACCUCAUGAACCUGCUGGCCACAGUGCUAGUCUUCGCCAUAGUCAUAUACUUUCAGGGCUUCCGUGUGGAUCUUCCCAUCAAGUCUGCCCGCUACCGUGGGCAGUACAGCUCAUACCCCAUCAAGCUCUUCUACACGUCCAACAUCCCCAUCAUUCUGCAGUCCGCACUCGUCUCCAACCUCUACGUCAUCUCUCAGAUGCUUGCUGUGAAGUUCAGUGGAAAUGUUUUCGUCAACCUUUUGGGAGUCUGGGCGGACGUCGGCGGUGCGGGUCCAGCCAGGGCGUACCCCAUUGGAGGCCUAUGUUACUACCUCUCGCCGCCCGAGAACUUGGCUCACAUAUUGGAAGAUCCCGUUCACGCGGUGCUGUACAUUGUGUUCAUGCUGGGCUCCUGCGCUUUCUUCUCCAAGACGUGGAUCGAGGUGUCUGGCUCUAGUGCCAAGGAUGUUGCCAAGCAGCUAAAGGAACAACAGAUGGUCAUGCGUGGUCACAGAGAGAAGUCUAUGAUUCACGAGCUGAACAGGUACAUCCCCACCGCAGCUGCAUUCGGGGGCUUGUGCAUCGGGGCCCUGUCAGUGCUGGCCGACUUCCUGGGUGCCAUCGGAAGCGGCACUGGUAUUCUCCUCGCAGUCACAAUCAUCUAUCAGUACUUCGAGAUCUUCAUCAAGGAACAGGGAGACAUGGGUGGCAUGAGCACACUGCUCUUCUAGGCUGUUCGAAUGUUCUCUCUCCUGCGUUGUUGUUGUUUCUUUUCCUUUCCAUUUUUUUUUUUAAUCAGUGUACAUGUAUUUAAGGACAUUCAAAGACUACCACCUUGUCAAGAUGGCUGCAAGGCAAGUUCCCAAAACCUGGUGACAUGGACGUCAGAAGAGUGUUGGGGUUGUGAUGGCUUGCCUUACAAGAGAACUCAAGAUGGAAUGACUUGAAAUGACAGAUGCGUGCGUCUGUGACACCUGUGUUCCGCUAAGAAGUCUGCAAACGACAUGGUCAAGAGCGAGUUCUUUCACGUGAUUUUUUUUUUGCGUUAGCAGCUUCCACCUACGUCACAGCAAGCCUCCCUUUUUUUUCUCCUGUACUUACUGUCUUUCAUGUAUAACAUGUGAAGACAGCAUAGGGUGGAUUUUUAUUGUACAUACUUACAUUGUAUUGUAUAUUUUUCUUUGAAAAUGUCACACAUGCAUAAGCGUCUUGUCUCAAGUGCUUUUUGUUGGCGCUGUCCAUUUGCUGCUGUAUUGUUGCCACUACAAUACAAUUCAAUGUUCACGGCAUGAAGGGUAGCCACUGUCUCUUUUUCUUUUAUUGCUAGGAAACAUGGAAGAUGUCAUGCACACACCGGAGCUUUGUGAACAUUUUUGUAUGAACAAUACCCAAACUGACCUUUUUUUGGCAGGUCAUGGUAACAUUUUGGAUUGGCGAAUCGAUUUGUCGUGUAUCAUACAUGUGUGACUUGCGCAAGAGGAAAAAAAAAUAAAAUAAAGGACCCUUCAGCAAUA